CAGCAUGGGCGGCCCACGGGCCUGGGCGCUGCUCUGCCUCGGGCUCCUGCUCCCGGGAGGCAGCGCCGCGUGGAGCGUCGGGGGCGCCCAGUUCUCGGGACGCAGGAACUGGUGCUCUUAUGUAGUGACCCGCACCAUCUCAUGCCAUGUGCAAAAUGGCACGUACCUUCAGCGAGUGCUGCAGAAUUGCCCCUGGCCCAUGAGCUGCCCCGGGAACAGCUACAGAACCGUGGUGAGACCCACAUACAAGGUGAUGUACAAGACAGUGACUGCUCGGGAGUGGAGGUGCUGCCCCGGGCACUCGGGGGCUAGCUGCGAAGAAGUUGCAGGCUCCUCUGGCUUCGUGGAGCCCAGGUGGUCAGGAAAUACCAUGCGGCGGAUGACUCUUCGGCCCACAGCCUUCUCAGGUUGUGUCAACUGCAGCAAAGUGUUGGACCUGGCAGAGCGGCUCAAGGUGCUAGAGGCCAAGGUGGCAGUGCUGACUGUCACCGAGCAGGCAGUGCCCCCAACCCUAGCUGCCCCCAAGGACCCGGCCCCACUCUGGGGCUCCCCAGCUGCCCAGGGCAGCCCUGGCGAUGGAGACCUCCGAGGGCUGCCAGGAGCCAGAGAAAACACAAGGGCCCCGCUGCUCCCUCGAGAUGACCGAGUUGGUGCCCGGGGGCUUCCUGGGCCCAUUGGCCCCAAGGGAGACACUGGCAGCCGGGGCCCAACAGGAAUGACAGGCCCGCCAGGCCCCCAGGGCCCCCCAGGGAGCCCUGGCCAGGACGGAGCUGUGGGUAUCCCUGGAGAAAGGGGACCUCCGGGCCCCCCAGGGCCUCCUGGCCCCCCUGGCCCCCCAGCCCCCGUUGGACCACCCCACUCCCGGAUCUCUGAGCAUGGGGACCCAUUUCUGUCUAACACCUUCACUGAGACCAGCAGCCGCUGGCCCCAGGGACCAACUGGGCUCCCCGGACCCCCAGGGCCUAUGGGUCCCCCUGGACCUCCUGGUCCCAUGGGCAUCCCUGGGAAUCCUGGACAUAUAGGACCCCCAGGCCCCACUGGACCCAAAGGAAUCUCUGGCCAACCAGGAGAAAAGGGCGAGAGAGGACUGCGUGGAGAGCCAGGCCCGCAAGGCUCCAUGGGACAGCAGGGAGAACCUGGCCCCAAAGGAGACCCUGGCGAGAAGAGCCACUGGGCUCCUAGCUUACAGAGCUUCCUGCAGCAGCAGGCUCAGCUGGAGCUCCUGGCCAGACGGGUCACCCUGCUGGAAGCCAUCAUCUGGCCAGGUAACGGCAGGGUGGGCAGGCAGGGGCAGCCCCUUCCAGGAAGGGCCUGGGAAGGGCCUGGGGUCACAGAAGGCAACUCCCAGUACUGGACCCAGGCCAGUGGACACUCAUUCUUUAGUCCUUCCAACCAGCUGGCAGACAGUGCCUGGCACAGAGAAGACUCUGGUAACUAGUUUCUUGUGUGAAUGAGCACCUCCUUUGUUCCUGGCAUCUUGCUGGCACAGGCUCCAAGAGAUAAGACAGACAUACUCCUGCUCCCAUGGAGUUUAGGCUAUGGGGGUGCACAGGGAGCCCUGAACCUGGCCAUUAAACCCAAGGUGAGGAAUACCACAGUGGAGUGAGUACAGGCAGCUGUGAAAGCACAGAAGUGCCCCUGACACAGGCUGGGGUGGGGUAGAGGGGAGGAGGGCAUCUCAGGGAGGGCUUCCUGGAGGAGGUGUUGGCUAAGUGGAGCCCUGAAGGGCAAGGAUCAGGGGCAAGUGAACAAACAGCAGAAUAGCAUAAGCAAAAGCCAAGAAGCCCAAGAGAGCCUAGAGGGAUUGUUCCGCCUAGACUAGUGAGGUGAAUGCUUUGGCUACAGGAUCUGGCAGGGCCCAAUUUGCGAAGGUCCUCAAAAGGCAAGUCAGGGAGGCAGGGAAGGAGGUUAGAUACCAAGUGGAUAUUAUCUCUCCCCAUGCCUGGUUCGUCCAGGUGGGGCCAAGGAGGUUUGUCCCCAUUAAACUGGAGUCUGUGGCUGGCCCUGGAGAGAGACAGGAAUUAGCUGCCCUCAGGGCUGAGCUUCAUUCCUCACCUAUUGCUAAGGAGGCCUCAACAGCUGCCCUUUUCCACCCCAUCUCACAGCCCAGGCCUAACUUAUCAAUGCACACAGGUCUCGGACAUCAUGCCCAACCUCCCAUCUAUUUUACAAAUGGGGGAACUGAGGCCCCUCAAGCAAAAAGGGCCAAGGGUAGAGCCAAGCCUCCUUCAUUCAGCAAAACUCUAGGGUGCACCUACUGAAUGCCAGGUAUGAGCAGGUACUUAGCAGAUCCCAAGGGUAUCUGCCUUGGGGAGCUGCCUGUCGAGUGGCAGGGGAUCCUUAGUAUCUAUGGAGAUGAGGGCCAUGGGGUACAGGAGCACCAAGGGACGUGGGUGAGGAACAGUCACUUCUCACUGGGGUGGGGAGGGCUUUCUGGAAGAUGGGACACUUGCGUUAGGUCACAGAAGAUCCGAACAAGUGUGCCAAGAGGAGGUGGGAAGGGCAGCCCUCACAGAGUCCUACAUGGGCAAAGGCCUGGAGGCUGGUCUGCUUCAAGCUCCUCUUACCGUACCACAUGGCUUUCCUAACUUCUAGAAACAUAACUGGCCAUCUCUCACAGAGGAGGGACCAAGGACCCAAUCCCAGGCUCUCAGAACCUUUUCAGGU